UUUCGAACCCCAGACCGCGUUGUUUUUAUUUUCUCCGAGAAAAAAAAAAUCAUCGUCCUCUCCUCUCCCCUUCCCACCGCCGCACCGCCCCGCUGCUCGCUCGCUUCCGCCCGGGACGGACCCGCAGCCUCCAGAUCUCAUCACCCGCGCCGCGCGGACUGACCCUCAUGGCGUCGUCCUCCGACGAGCAGCCCAAGCCGCCGGAGCCGCCCGCCGCCGCCGCUGUGGUUGCCGCCGCCGCAGACGCACGCCGAGUGGGCCGCCUCGCUCCAAGCCUACUACGCCGCCGCGGGGCACCACCCCUACGCCUGGCGGGCGCAGCUGAGCACCUCAUGGCGGCGGCCGCGGCGGGGGCGCCCUUCGGCACGCCGGUGCCGUUCCCCGUCUACCACCCAGGCGCCGCCCGACUGGUGAGUCGAAGCUUGAGCGGGAGGUGGACUUUGGGAGGCUCCGGCGGGCCCCGGAGCGGAGAUGGUGCUGGAUCUCAAUGUAGCGUCGCCGGCGGACUCGGGCACGUCGAGCUCGUCUGUCCUCAACUCCGCGGACGGCGGCUUCCGGUUCGGCCUGCUCGGCAGUCCCGUUGACGACGACGACUGCUCCGGCGAGAUGGCGCCGGGCGCGUCCACAGGGUUCAUGACGCGGCAGCUCUUCCCGUCCCCGACCCCGCCGGCCGAGCCGGAGCCGCCGGCGGCGCCGGUGCCGGUGUGGCAGCCACGGCGCGCCGAGGAUCUCGGCGCGGCACAGAGGCCGGUGGCGCCCGCGAAGAAGACGCGGCGUGGGCCGAGGUCGCGCAGCUCGCAGUACAGGGGCGUCACCUUCUACAGGAGGACGGGCCGCUGGGAGUCGCACAUCUGGGAUUGCGGGAAGCAAGUCUACCUAGGUGGUUUCGACACUGCACAUGCGGCUGCGAGGGCGUACGAUCGAGCUGCGAUCAAGUUCCGCGGCCUCGAGGCGGACAUCAACUUCAGUCUGGGCGACUAGGAGGAUGAUUUGAAGCAGAUGAGGAAUUGGACCAAGGAGGAAUUCGUGCACAUACUCCGGCAGAGCACAGGGUUCGCGAGGGGAAGCUCGAAGUAUCGUGGCGUGACGCUGCACAAGUGCGGCCGCUGGGAAGCUAGGAUGGGGCAACUUCUUGGCAAGAAGUGCAGCUUGGGGGUGAUUUUAAGGAAUACAACAAGGUGAUUCUCGCAUCAUUAACAUAAGUGCAACACUGCAUUACACUGCGUCUUGGUACCAAAUUCAUGUCUCUGCUGCUAAGGCUGGGGUUGAUAGCAUCACAAGAUCACUGGCUCUGGAAUGGGGAACAGAUUAUGACAUUAGAGUCAAUGGGAUUGCACCUGGACCAAUUCAAGACACCCCAGGAAAGAGGAAACUUGCACCUGAAGAGAUGAGCAAGGGGCUGCGACCUGCGAGAACUGAUGCCAUUAUUCAAAUUUGGGGAGAAGCAGGACAUAGCAAUGGCUGCGCUCUACCUUGCUUUGCAGGUUGAUUCUGUUCUACAUGUUUCCUAACCAGAUUAUUAUAAGUCAGAUACUCUCAGAAUGUCAACAAGAACUGUGCACCAGUUACCUGAAACUUGAAGGUCAUAUCAAAGAUCUUGUCUACAGAGCUAAUAGAAUUAGGUAGCUAUGUAUUGUGUUUUUUGUUGUUUUAGGUGUGAUCUGAAGGAGUCAAUAGAGCUGUGAAACACUUAGAAUUCAGCUGAAACACAGACAUUUGACAUGUUUUGUAAUCUUGUUUGCAGGCAAAGUAUUUUGAAAAACAAAAGAAUUUUGUAAAACCAAAGUAUUUCUCCAAUACUUAAAAAUGCUUUACAUCCAAACAGGGUUACAUGUAUUACUUUUCUGAAUAAUAUGGCUAUUGAUUUGACUUUUAAUUUGGACAAAAGAAAAAAAUCAUAGAUCAAUUUGAUUUUUUAAUUGCCAAGUAUACUUGGGAUUUGUUGUGGACACUUUAACUUAAUUCCUUGUUGGGUUGAUAUUUGGUCAAAUGGAGCAUUUGGGUUGCCUAAUUCUGGCAAAAUGCAUAGUGUACCUUAUCUAUAUGAAAUUUAGGCAUUGUGAGAUUUUUCUUAUCACUUUUCUUGUCAGACUUAGCACUUGUAAUUCAGUGUACAACAAUAUGAUUUAUAUUUGACAAGAAAAUCUAUGUUUGGCAA